UUUAGGGAAGAUGGGCAAAAAGAUGAAUAAGAAAAACAAGAGUCAAAGUCAUAGGCAGCAUGUCCUGCAGGAUGAUGAUGGUAGAAGGCAUGGCUGCAACUAUCAUAUUCUGCCUCAUCUAAGCAGUGAUUAUCAUUCAGAUGAAGAAGUAAAAGAAGAUUUCAUCAGCAAUUUGCCAGAUGACAUCCUCAGUGAGAUCCUGUCUCUGAUUCCCCUGGAUUCUGCAGUGAAAACUGCAGCUCUAUCGACCCGGUGGAAGGAUUUUUGGGGCAAAACAUUAACCUUAAAUGGAUCAAAAGAAGGGAUGUUUUGUGCUGUUGGGGAUUUAGUCUCCAACUUUGAUGUUGAAUGUCCCUUCAAGCAUCCUAGGAAGCUUCAGUACAGCUAUGGCAGCAGCGGCCUUGUCCUCGUGGCUUCCCUCGGGUUGAAAGCCAAGCUCCACCUCGAUUUCUCCAAAGGGAAACUAGAUUUCCCGAGAGAUUUCGGCUGGCAGCUAAUACUGAACACCACUUCUCAUCUGCAUCACCCUCCACAACAUUCGGUCAGGAAUCUCGAUUUAACUUCUGUGAACUACCUGACAAGUGAUGCGGUUUCCUGUAUUGCAUCGAACUUGGGGUUCAUCGAGAGCCUAACCAUCCGAAAGUGCGAGGGGCUGAGAUCUUUGAGGCUCGAGGCUGACUUGGGGCUGCAGAACUUGACAAUCGUUGAUUGUUCCCGCCUGAAAUCUCUCGCUGUUGAGGCUUAUGAGCUGCAGGCGUUUCGCUUCAGAGGUCCCCUCUGCUGGUUUUCACUCGAGGGUGUGGAGUCGUUGGAGGAUGUUAAGCUGGAAUGCAGAGAAGGCCCGGGCUAUGGUCGCUUCAAGUACCAGGACUAUGAUGCCCUUUUGCUGGCAAUGAGAGAUGUCAAGAUUCUGACACUGAGUGGAUGGAUCUUUAAGGAAAUUAUGAUGCCAUGGCUGUGCAAUGGGCAUGAGAAUUUCAGGUUCACCGAGCUGAAAGAGCUGUGGUGGAUCGAUAGCUCAGAACAAAACAUUGAAGCAGCACUAAUGUCCUUUCUGCAGUUUUCCCCUUCAUUGCAGAGACUUUUUAUAACUAUUGAUCCUUCAAGCUUCAACGCGGAGCCAAGCAAAAUGGCUAGCAAAGAAAGAAAGCAGGCGAAAUUGCGGCAUCUGAAACUGGUUAAGCUGGAAGGCUUUGCAGAUGGUGAGGAGAGGAUCAUUUCGUUGAAGGAACGCUUGAUUGAUGGGUUCAACGUCGAGCCACGAAUGGUUAUAGUGACGAAAGGAAGCCAGCCGAGGUGUCUGAUAAGGAUCCCGAGACACAGAGGCAAAGGAAACCCAAACAAUGGAGCAUCCAAGAAGAAGGCCUCCUACAAGUUUGUGGAAGAAAUUGAGGACAAUGCAGGUUUAUGUUGCCCCCACAUUCAUAUGUUGUAGACAGACCCAUUUUUUUUAUUAUUUUAAACAUUCUCUUUGAUGAGGCUUAGAGUACAGUGAAGUUGUUAC